AAAUUAAACAAGUACAGGUCAGCUCUAAGAAAAUCGAUUGAAUGGUGCCCUAAUUUAUUCACUGCCGUUUUCCUUCUUUAAACAAGAACCAACGUGUCUCUCCGCCAUCUCCUAGAAGCAGCAACAAACAGUAUUCAAAAUGGGCAAGAAGCGAAAAAUCAGUGAAACAGAGGUCACGGCCCCUUCAAAGAAGGAUGAAAGUGCUCCAGAAAGGCCUCAGCGAACACUCCUUGGCUGGAAAGACAAUGGAAGUGAAGUUAAGGAAACUGAAACUCAAGUUUUUAGGAACAAAGAGAAGGUUUUGGUCACAUGUUCGCGCCGUAUCAAUUACAGGUAUCGGCACUUGAUGUUGAAUGUGGUGUCUCUUUUGCCUCAUUGUAAGAAGGAUAACAAAGUUGAGUCCAAAAGUAGUAAAGGGAUGGCACUUAAUGAACUUGUUGAGCUGAAGAGUUGUUCUUCGUGCUUAUUCUUUGAGUGCAGAAAACAUAAAGAUCUUUAUUUAUGGAUGGCCAAAUGCCCUAGUGGUCCAUCAGUGAAGUUUUUGGUUAAUGCAGUGCACACAAUGGAAGAAUUGAAGCUUACUGGAAAUCAUUUAAAAGGGUCACGGCCUCUGUUGACUUUCUCAUCUAAUUUUGAUAAAGAUGACCACUGGAAACUGUUGAAGGAAAUGAUAAUCCAGAUAUUUGGAACACCAAAGGAGCACCGGAAAUCUAAACCUUAUCACGAUCAUGUCUUUGUUUUCUCCAUUGCUGAUGAUCACAUAUGGUUUCGCAAUUACCAGAUAUCUGUACCUCAUAACGAAUCAGAUAAAGUUGCUCGAGGAGGCCUUGACAAGAUGACACUUGUUGAGGUUGGUCCACGAUUUUGCUUGAAUCCUAUCAAAAUAUUUGGUGGCAGCUUUGGAGGCCCUACACUGUAUGAGAAUCCAUUCUAUGUAUCACCCAACCAGAUUCGAGCAUUGGAGAAAAAACAGAAGGCUGGGAAGUAUGCAAAGAAAGUCAAAGCCAAGAAGAGGAGGAAAAUGCACGAGAUGUCAAAUCCUUUGGAGCCUGAUGAAUUUGCAGACAUGUGGAGGGAAUGAAAAUUCCUAAUACCAGUUUUGUUUUUCCUAAUACCAGUUUUGUUUUACUUAAUCAUAUUGUAUCGAGCGUGAUUUUGUCCGCCUUCUGUUGUUCUCGGCUUUACUUAGUUAAAAGAUUUACCCCCAUUGAAUGGUAAUCAGAUGAAAAUUUACAGAAAUAUGCCAAAAUUAUACUGCCUUGUUAUGGGUUGUGGAGUUGUGCACAUAUUUGUUAAUCUGUUUCCCAUUUCCCUUCCCUCCUUUGUUUUGGCAAAUAUAAAAAUAUCUAUGUAUUCAAAUUUUGAUUUUAUCCUUGUAAUUUAUGAUUGCUGGUUUAAAGGCUCA